CCCACAAAAGAUGUGUAGUGAAUUUUAUUUAUUUAUUUAAAUAAAAAAUGGCCGCCGCAGAGAGCGGAGAGGAGAGACUUGAUGAGAAGAGUGAGGAUCAGGAACUACAGGGCCCGCGAGAAGAGACGCAGAAGCUGAAGAGAGCCAAGCGGGAGCAGCGGGAUGAGGAGCAGCCGGAGACCGCCAUGUCCGCCCACACCUCCGCCCUAGCGCAGCCGCUGGAGGACCGGCGGCGGCCGGGCGACCCGGAGGAGGCCGAGACCUCGGAGUCGGUGUCCGGAGCGGAGCCCUCCGCCUCGCCCAAGCAGCGGCGCUCCAUCAUCCGCGACCGCGGCCCGCUGUACGACGACCCGUCGCUCCCGCACGGCUGGACGCGCAAGCUGAAGCAGCGCAAGUCUGGCCGCUCCGCCGGGAAAUACGACGUCUACCUGAUCAACCCAGAGGGGAAAGCCUUCCGCUCCAAAGUGGAGCUGAUUGCGUACUUCCAGAAGGUAGGAGACACCUCCACCGACCCCAAUGACUUUGACUUCACGGUGACGGGCCGCGGCAGCCCCUCACGCCGGGAGAAGAAGCCGCCCAAGAAGCCCAAGGUGGUGAAGCCGUCCGGCCGGGGCAGGGGCCGCCCCAAGGGCAGCGGGAAGGUGCGGCAGGCCACGGAGGGCGUGGCCAUGAAGCGUGUGGUGGAGAAGAGCCCGGGGAAGCUGCUGGUGAAGAUGCCCUUCACCCCGCCCAAGGCUGAGGUGGGCGGUCCCUCGGGGCAGGCCGCGGUUGCCAAAUUGCGUCCGGGGCGCAAAAGGAAGUCCGAGCAGGGCCCGCAGGCCGCCCCGAAGAAGCGGGGCCGGAAGCCGGCGGCGGCGGCGGCGGCGGCCACAGUGGCGACGGUUUCCGUGGGAACCGCGGGCUCCAGCGCUCCCUACGCCGCCACGGUCGCCAUGGCCGCCGAGGCCAAGAAGAAAGCGCUGAAGGAGUCUUCCACAAAGCCGGUGCAGGAGACGGCGCUGCCCAUCAAGAAACGCAAGACGAGAGAGACUGUGGAGGAGCCCGAGCCCCCCCCUCCCGCGGCCCCCAAAACUGAGGCUGCCGUGGGCUCCCAGACGGGCUCGGGAACCAGACCGGGAACCGGGUCUGGAAUGGGAACCGGUUCGGGAACGGGAACCGGGUCGGGAACGGGAACCGGAACGGGAACCGGGUCUGGAACGGGGUCCGGAACCGGAGUGGGUUCGGUAACGAGAAUGGGGUCGGAAACAGGAACGGCUUCGGGAACAGGGUCGGGAACGGGCUCGGGAACGGGAAUGGCGUCGGGAACGGGGACUAGUAACGUGGGCUCUCCCGGAGCGGCUGCAGCGGAGGCGGGGGAGAAGGGACAGAAGUUGCCAAAGAGCCCGGGGCGGAAGCACAAGGAGGCGUCUCCGGCGCCAGGCAGCGGGAGCGGGGGCGGGGCCAGCCACAAAAAAAAAGAGCGUUCACAGCAGCACAAACACCAACACCACCACCACCACCAUCACCACCACCACCACCCACACUCGCCCCAGCCCCCGGCCCACGCACACCCGCACUCCCACAGCCUGGUCCGGAGGGAGGCUCCAGCACUGCAGGACAAUGAGCCCCAGGACCUGAGCACCCCCAGGCCCUGCCCACCCGACGACAAGCCCCCGCUGCUGCCCCCUCGCAGAGAGCUGCCCCGCCCAGACAGCUGCCCCGCCCGGGAGGCCCUCACCAAGACUCACCCCCCGCCCCUGCCCCCCGCGCCUGCCGACCUGAGGGCCAAGCACCGGGCGGGGGAGGGGGGCGAGGGCCGAGAGGUGAAGGGCAUCGUGCCCCCAGCGGCAGUGCCCAGGCCUGGGCGAGAGGAGGCGGUAGAGUCCCGGACCCCAGUGAGCGAACGAGUGAGCUGACUGACGUAGCCCCCAGAGCACAGGGAGCUUAGAUAGAGAGGGCAGCCAAUUUUUUGAGAAAAACAAACAAACAAAAAAAAAAAAGACACAAAAAAAAGUGUGUGUACAUAUAUGUGUAUAUAUGUUUAUAUGUAUAUACAUGUGUGUGUGUAUAUAUAUGCACAUAUAUACAUAUAUGAUAUGAUAAAACAAAAGGCAGCUGUUGUGUCUUGUUCUUUCUGUGGGUUGGGCUGUUUAACCAACAAUGAUGACAUAAGAAAACAAAAAAAAAAAAACAGAUUUUGCUUCCUGAUUAAAUUUGCAGGUUUUUUCCCCAAAAUGUUUAUUACCUUUUUUCUUUUUUCUUUUGAAGACUUUCACCCACCUUGACCAGUUGUACCUUUGUCAAAGCUUCAAUAAUUUGGAGGGUCGGCAAGGGCAUCUUUUAGAAAAAUGCUUUGGAGUCAUAUUUUUGUGGUUUGAAUCUGUAAAAUGUCAACUGAUCCACAUGUUAUCGGUGUCUCUUCAUCACGUUGCGUUCUCUGUUUUAUAGCUGGCUAUUAAGGGACAGAGAUAAGGACAAAAAUGAUCUUCGGAAAUGUGAAUCAUUCUUGCCUGGCGACAUGCGUGUUUAAACGAUUUGUGGGAGAUUGUUGUCCUGCGUUACUAUCCGAAUAUCGACCAUAGAUUUUUCUUUUACACAGUGUCACCCAUUUGUAUUCUCUCCUGGCAAACAGAAUAUGAUUCUUGAUGUGUGAAAAUGCACCUCCAAGUCUUUGUUAACCAGGGAUUUUCCAAUAUUUUGUGGAUUCUUCGCUGUUAGGAAUGUCUUCUUCCGUGAUGAAUAGAAUCGCAGCCUUAUGUGGAUUGAGUAUUAGGACUAUUUUAUGUAAAUAUAAUUCUUGCCCUGUUCCAUUUCCAUUGAAGCUUUGCACAAAGAAAAGGUUUUUUGUUUUUGUUUUUGUUUUGUUCUUUAAGCCACAGGCAGAUAGGAACUUCCUAACAGGUGAUGAUGGUCGAUGAUGUCUGGGGAUCCUUCCAUUAUCUAAGACUCGAUGACGAGCUUCCAUUUAAAUGCCUUUUUUUAACACGGUGACUGCAGCAUUAGCUUGAAAUAACACACAUGUUAGGCAGUUGUACUUGUUUUUUUUUUUCAUAAGGAGUAUGGUCUCUGGGAGCAGGGGAAUAUGAGCACCUGGAGUCAUGGUUUAAUGAAGGGAGUGGAUGAGGUCAGCACGGCAGAGCACGAAUGCUGUGUGGAAGGUGUGGAGUAGUGACAGAGCUGAGGGGAAGCAAGCACACCUUAAAUAUGAAUCAGUAAUCCUGUGACAUAGAUUUGUUUGUGGGCUGAGGUGAAGCUCCAGUUUCGAGCCCUAGAUCUCACACAUGCAGGGGAGAAGACGUGUCUGGGAUUCUGGCUCUAAGACGUAGUUUUCUGGAGCAGCUGCAGAAGCAGGGGUUUAGCUGGCGGUGCCGGUGUUGAAGCCUGAAGAAAAGUCUUCCACGUCUGGCCGGAGUGCAGGACAGAGUGUAGCGUCCAGCCUACGCUGCGCUGUGACCUCGCCUCCACUAGGGGUCUCUGUCUGUUCUUCCCCUUGGACACGCGUCUUCUCUAUGGGGUCAAUUACGGACUGGCUUUGGGGAGAGAGAGCAUUGAACCAGUCUCUGCUGUCAUGACUUCCAUGUAAGGUGACAGUUUGCUGAAAAGUGCAGUAAUGGACACGUUUUACAGCGGCUCUUUCAAAGGCUGGUUCAUGUGCCAAAAGUACUUUUUGUCCAUUUGCCAAAUGAAAGUGAGGGGGUGACUGCCUACUGCCCCGAGAGCCAGUGGGGACUCAGAUGCAGUGUGGCAGCUGAGGGAAGUCAGGCUCUUGGUCCUGAGGGUGAAGUGUGCCUCGAUUGCUCCAGAGAACUAGGGCUCCAGCUCUGCAGAGCUGUACUGUACCUUCAGGAGAAGGGAAAACGUCUGCAUUUCAUGACUGCCUGGAAAAUGUCUCUGCCUAGCAGACCGGGUGCUGCUUUUUACGUGGACUUGAGACCCCACGGGUUGUGAUUCUAAUGCGAACCCGUUUCGCCACGGGCUGUUGCAUUGUGGGGUUUUCACAGUUUGGUGAAGCAGGACUCAGUGUGCCUGCUGUACUGCAGUAGGUCUGAGCUCAGUGCUAUAAUGGUGCCCAGGCUAUUUUUUCAUUAUUUGAUGAAUUUAUUCAUUGAGAAAAUUGUGAGGGUGUCUCUAAAUCCCAUGUGAAUCACGGUUGUUGUCGUCUCUCAGAAUUGGCUGUAUUCCCCAGUAAUCUCACAUCUCCCCCUUUAACUGCUGACUCUCACCUUUCGAACCGCUGGCUUUAACCCGGCUAAUCAACGCCUUGCCUUUGGCCUUUGUCCUGACGAGCGCCUGGGCCUACACAGCCCCUCUACCUUGUUAGGGCCUUUAUUUCACUGUCUGGGUUCCAGGAGGCAGAAUUUAUGUUCCAUUCGGAGACGCUGGCGAAAUGUCAGGAGAGGGUCAUUGAGUUUCACCGAGCAGUUUGAGCGGGGAGAUCUGCAGACUCUUGGCUAAGAAUGUUACAUCAGCAGCCAGCACUCCAGGGGAUUUAACUCUACUUUGGCAUCCCAGAUGCAAGGGGGGACAGGACUGCGGGACUGUGGGGCCAGGGUGGCUCUAUAUUAAGGCUGCCUAAUGCAAGUACAGUCCCUGCCGGGGUGCGCACGGGUGGACAGCUUGCUGAAGGGUUGUCUCGGUGUUUGUGCUUUCCCCUCUCACUCUUUAACGUGAUGGCUUUAUUGGCUGCUCAUCCACCCCUCCAUUUACGCUGCUUUUCCACUCAUCUUGCCUGCUCCUGCUCGUGUUUCUGGGCUGAGUCCCGCUGCGUCCCACUGCCAGGAGAGGAAAUAUAAGAAUUAGUUGACUACAGUGCUACUCAAAGUCGAUUCAAAUAUGAAUAUUAAUAUUAUCUUUUUCCCAUGAAUGUGUACUUGCAUACCACUGAACUCAGCCCCUGAAUAUAAGUCACUCUUUGUCACUUCCUGUGAAUUACACGUACACAAAAAGAGCAGACCUGAGUUGAGUGUUGGCUGCACAUGAACGUGUUCAGACUCUUGCACACAACCAUGGGCUCAGUAAUGAGUUGUGCUGAAGGAAGGCUUGAGUCUUGGACCGUAAUCAUGUCACAUUCACCCUUCCUCUAUUUGGUAUUGAUGAUGACUGUUCCAACUUAGUUUUUCCCUAAUACCUUCCACAUGCUUAGAGAGUCUCUUUAGUUUUGAAGAUGUCAGUUUGAACUCAUGCAUAUGUACAAGUACCCUCGGGGUUGUUCUAGAAUGUUAUAACUUGCAUUUUUUGAAUAUACAGGGUGAUUUCUUUUUCUUGCAUAUUUAUCCUGAAAUGAUGUUUGAUGAUGAACCCAGGUUGAGAGUAUUGGAAAUACUCCCAUUGAUAAUCCCAAAGACAUCAUCUCAAAUACCGGAAUCCACUCAAGGAAGUUCUUGUGUGUCGUUUAUUUUCAGAUUAUUUAUGAAAAGGUUGCAUUAUUAAUGUGUUUUUUAAUCACUUUUUUUUUUAACACUUUUUUUUUUUUGUUGUUUAGCCACCUUAUGUUAAACAAAAUGAAACUAUGGAAAAAGUGAUUACAUGCCUAAAGAUCACUGGCCCUUCCCUGUUUCAGCAGACAGGCUGUUGAUUCACCCGACAUCACACGCACUGAUUUUUAUUUCAUGUCCGGAGGUUGAGACCUGUACAAUAUUCCAGUACUCUCUGUUUGCAUGUUCUCACGCUCAGAUAAUUUCUCAGUUUAAUUGUGACGAUGGCUAUUAUGAGCUAAAUAGGUUUAGUUUUCAGUAAUUAUCCCAAACUGCAGAUUAAAAAAGAAAAUGUGUAGCAUAAAAACAUUAUGCACGCUAAAACGAAAAAAAAAAAUGCUUUGCCAAUUCCACAGUUCAUUCCACACCUGUGAGUUUGUGUGAUUAUUUCAUUCAAAUGGUGGCCAUUAUGCAACUGUGUUUGCAUACUGUAGGCAAUGUGUGACAUCUGCUUCCAUAUAUAUACUGAACCCUGUGGCUUGAACAGUUUCAGAAGCAGGUCUCGGGGGAUAUUUUUGCUAAAUGCACACACAUACUCACUCACACUCACACACACACACACACACACACACACACACACACACACACACACACACACAAAGUUGAAUGACAAGCCGUGUUAAUGCUGUACCAAUUUAACUUUUUAUCUGACCCAAACAUUUCUGGAAUAAUCCCAAAAACAGAACAUCUGCUUCUAUGUCACAUUUUAAUCAGAUUAAAAUAAGAAGUUCUUUUACUAUUAGAUAUUUCUAUUACUUUUAGUAUUUUGGAGGUCUGGCUGUCAUGAGAUAUGGAAUGACUGCUCACUUGAAAGUUAAAAAGAAAAUAAAAAAAGAAGGAGGAAAAAAAAAGCCCUUAAAUGUCAGGCAUCUGUGAGCUUAUCUUUGACAUGGAAUAUUCUAGAGGGAAUUGUCAUUGGAAAAUGUGGUCCACUUCAAUUUAAAUGUUUUUUGUGGAAACCUCCAGUUAAAAAGGUCUGUAUUUGAUAAGAGAUAGAUCGAGAGAAGAGAGCGGAUACAUGUGAUGUGAAAGUGGCACUAGAAGUCUUUUUUUCAAAAGGGAUUCAUUUGUGUAAUAAUACAGUUUACAGUUGUUUGGACACAAGAAAAGCGCAUGUUGCUGCCGUCAGCCUUUGUGUUAAUUAUUCCUCCCGUCUGUAAUCAAAAUGGGGUUUAAACAAGCUGAAGAAAGGCGACAGUUCCAAAGGGGGCACUGCCUCCCCCGUGCUGGAGCUGGGAGAGUGAAUGCCCCUUUAACCUUGUGAAUCACAAAUGCACUCCCCAUCUCCAUAGAUACGGACGCAAAGUCCUCCACAGUCCGCUCUAUUGGUGUUUGUAUGAACAUGUUGAUAUUAAUGCGCUGUGUCAUAUUAACUGCAGUACUUCAUCCGUAUUUGGAGCAGGAAUCAUUGAGAUGCGUCCUUACUUCUAUCCCAUUUCAAAAAUAAUAAAUAGUAAUUGCAAGCUGCACCUCCAAAUACUAAAUAUUAAUAGUGUGUAUUGAGAGGGAUAAAGAAAAAUAACGCAUAACUACAAAUGUAGCCCAUGUACACAGACACAAUGACCUCAGAUUUAAUUUACACACAGAAACAUGCCAUUGUGACUACAUGCAUACAUACACUUAAAUUCAAUUUAUACCCACAUCAAAGACAGUAUAAAGAACAGUGUCAAUGCUCCUACAAAUGCUACUGAAUAUGGAAUGCACUAGAUAGGAGAAAUAAUUUGUUUUCUGUGCUAAAAUGGUCUUGUUUGAGAAAUUGGUAUUUAGAUUUUAACACUUGCAUGGCAAUUCUAGAGAGUUCUAUUUAUUAGUGAGUUUUCUAAGACGUAGUUUAGAACAGUGUACAACGUUCAUGCACCGAUAUCCUAAACGUCAAAUACUCAGUAACAUUCAGACUUUUUCUUUCUUCUUUUUUCUUUUUUUUUCUGUAGGAGUGGAAAGUGAAUUUAUAGAACAGCAAAACAUUGACAAUCUGAAGUGGAAGAGGGCAAAUUAAACAAACAAAAAAAAGUUCACAAUCUGAGAUUUGUUUUACAUGAACUUUGCUAAAAUAAAAUGCUAUAAAAAAUGGUUCACAGCCAUGGGAAGAGAGCGAGUCUUCACAUCCGUGAUCGGGGCACUCGUUUAGCUGCCUCUCCUCCUCCAGCCUCCCUUCAUUCCCCGCCCUGUCUAUCAGGGCCGGGGUUAUGGGAACAGAGCAGGUCUUCUUGCUGGAAAAGGGCUAUGUAAUAUUAACACAUCCUAAAGAACAGCAGGGGAACAGCGAAAAUGCUAAGCCGUGACACACUGAACGGCCUGUAGGAGGCGGUGCUGGGUUUAUCUUCCCCUGCCAGUCACGCCGUCUCCUCGCACCAGUGGAGCAUCAUCACGAGCACUCUCACCCCGGGGGUGUGACCCCUGACCCUGGAUCCAGGAGCACGCCCCCGGUCUGAACUUAACCUGAGGAGGAGGCUGGAGGAAAGAGCAGCUAGGGCACUGACACAACACAGACCGAAAAACAAUUCAGAUCAAAAAUACACAACCAAAAAACCUCCAGGCGUGAAGUCUUUGGGUGUUGUUUUUGCAAUGUGUACCCCUGUGUGGCUUUGACAUUUUGUCGGCCCUAAAAAAAACCAAUUCCUGUAGAAAAGGGUGAAAAAUACGCACAGCCUGGCUGCAAACUGAAGGGAUAGUGCCUUGCUCUGGAGACUGACCUGGGUGAUAGAAGUGGCCUUUGAUUAAAGCUAUCAUCUCCUUUUCCCACGUUGGGCCUAAGAUGGCCUCCUACCAUACCGUCUUCUGCCCUCCACGUCCCCAGCUAAUAUGAGUUUCUGAAAGGACAUUUUUUUUUGCUUUUGGUUUUUAGUCUACAAAGGCAAACACUGCUUGAGGAGGGACCGUCUGGGGUCAGGCAGGAAUAGAAAGGGGUGAUGUCAGUGAUGUCAUCUUAAGAGCAGACGAGGCUGGCAGAUGAAGGGAGUGCUUAAGCACACGUGUCGGAGUAAAGCCAGUGGGGUUCCUUUAUCUGUGUGAGCAGAAAUGAUGCUUAUUAUUGUGCCAGCUUAAACAGUGGUAAGAGUAGGCAGGGCCCCGAACCCUCUGCUCCACGCCUGGAGCACAAACUCCACAGCCUGCAGGGCCCACGUUCCGAGGCUGUGCGGUGAAGUUUUAGUUAUUGGUGUUGUGUCCACUGGCUUUCAUUUUCUGCAUGUGUGUGAUAUGCCCCUGCCGGUUUUACCCCACGCGGCCUUCUGCUCCGUUUGGCCUGCAGCAGUUAGGCAGUAGAUUGCCCGUCUCCUAACGCAGUCCAAUAUUCAGCAAUAUUCAGCGAAAGGCUUCGUUUGCCAAACGUAAUGGUUUUCGGCUGCGCCUGUUCCCAAGGUCGGCGUCUCUGAUAGGCGUUGCUGCUGCAGUCUCACACGUUUCAAUGGAGUACAAAAACGUCACAGAUUUCAGUGACCAUUGUUUAUCGAAUACAAAUUCAGGCUUUUAAAUAAAAACCUACUGGAAAUUCUGAUCGGUUAGAGUUGACAUUUAAGUACUUGUGAAUUGAUUCAUUAACGAAGACUGUUACAAAUCCCUUUGACUAAGAGUUUAAGUGUGUCAGUACUUAUAUAGCAUAGCAAUGUGUUGUAUUGUGCCUUGAAGUUACUAGAAUCUUUAAAGCUGACGCUUUUCCUCACCCAGAGUCCUGUCCUGUGUUUGCCUCCUAUAAGCAUUAUGUGUCCUUUGCUGUUUAAGGAGUAUAGGCCUAGGUCUCAGAAUAGUUAUUUUGUUUUGUUUUUAUUUUACUUUUGUUUGCCUGCAGUUAAACAGACGAAUGCAUUCGGGAAGCAAGAAGUUUGCAAAUCAGUUGUAUUUCGGAAAAAGAUUUUGACAAGGCAAUAAUGAACAUGUCAGGACCAAGAUCUUGUGAUAGUUAUUAAUUACCAUAUAUUGUGUCCUCAUGUCACCUCAAAGGAAGUGGUUGGUUUGAGGGUGCCUCCUUAACUUAGACUUAAACGCAACACAGAUUUUUGGUCAUUGUUAGCCCGCCUUAUACUUGCCAACCACACCUUUACAUCCUUUGAAUAAAGAUGAAUGUUUUAACCAUGGCCAGUUGAUGAAUAGUAAGAUUUAAAAGGAAAAUGUGCACUUUAUGAAAUGUGUUACCUGGUGGGACACCCAAUUAUCUUUUGUAUGUGUUUUUACAUUCUUCCAAAGUUGUUUUUUAAUUUUAUAUUAUUCAUUUUAUUAAGUUAUCCAAAAAGGGAUGGCCUGUCCACUGUACCUGCAAAAAUCAUUUUAUCAAAACAAAUAUUAAACCUGCAUGUCAAAGGUCACUUGUCAUUUGCCCGGCCAAGUCCUUGCCUUCCUGAAACUGAAAAAUCACAGUUUCUGUCUGCUUUUAUAGUAAUAUAUUGUGUAUUGUUUAUCCUGUAUGCGAUAUAAAAUACAAACAAAAGAGAAAACAAAAACAGUUAAUGGUUCAACCAUAUAAAUAAAUAACAACAAAAACAGACCUGCUACUCAUGUAAUAUCUUUUUACAGAGGGGAAAACUAACCUUUUUGAGUUCUUUUACGGUUCUGGAAGAUAACUACCUUUUGCGUAUGGAAGCAGAAUUGUACAUGUAGCUGCUGUUGCCCUGGAGACAGACACGCACAAAAAUCUUGGGACGCUAUUGGCACAAUGUAGCUGUGUUACCGGGCCUUAUCUGAUGCUGAUGGGUGUGUGGAAACAGGAGGAUCAUGGGACUGUUCCCUUGCGGGAAGGGGGAGACGGGUGUAGCAGUUGGACCCUGCUGGAUGCUGUGACCCUGGGGCCAGGUGGGGUGGACAGGGCCUGCCCCUUCCCCGGGCGUCGGAAGCACCCGCACACACCUGCGGGAGGAAGAAGGAUUAUAACCAAUCCCAGCGCUUCCAGCCUCAGUUUAACAAUUCUACCACUCAAACUGCUGGAUCUAGGGGGCUGGGCCUUCGUCUGCUUCCCGCCUCCUUUUCGGAUUGGACAGUUUCGGUAGCGAAUCCUGUGUCUUCAGCACGCGAGACCCAAGGACUGCGUGACAGUGUGCUGGGAAAAUGGAAGGACUCUGACCGACAGGUUCACUCCAGACUGGUAAUGUGCGUAAUGUAAUGAUGUGUGUGCAUCUACAGCAUCAACUCAAGUGGCCUUUGAAGUGUCUGUAACUGAAACAAACAAACAAAAAAAAAACAAAAAAAAAAGAUUAGUUUUCCUCUUAAGUUGAAGUCUGGUUUCUGCAUCCUUUUUCUUUUCAAGUCUGGUUAGGUGCAGGGCCAAAGAGGAGUGUGUUUUCAGUGUGUUUUUCUGUUUUUAUUUUUUUCUAACAGCCACAGACGCAGCCCCCUCUCUCCCCCAGCCCUUAAGAGACAGCAGCUUUUACUGUACUGUAAGCAGCAGCCCCAGCUCUUUCUGAAGAUCACAUUUUUCCAUUAUUACGUAGCUGCAGCUGUUGAAGUAAACCCAAACGGUUCUUUGUGAAUAUCGCUACUUACGCACACAUUUUUGUCACCGUUAGGAUUGUGGACAUGUGUCAUUUUAAAACUUCAAACAAAAUCACAAGCAGAUUAUUACUGAAGCCUCAAAUGGAUAUUUCCACAUUUGGCACUGUGCCCAAGGGGUUCCCGUUACAUUUCUGUAGCAGUUACAGUUAGCAGUUUUCCUUCAUGAAUAUAUCAAGUGCUAGAUUCACAGAUUUGUUCAAAUUAUCAAUGGAUCUAUGAUUUCAUCCUGUAGGGUCAAUUCGGGUAAUUUGUGACGUAGUUUCUGAAGUGUCACAAUUAGCUGACUUCCCCCUAUUUGAUAAAGUUUAUAGGGGGUUUGUGGAAAUGUAAUUUUAUGAAUCACUGCUACAGAAGUGGAGAGAUGGCAGAUCUUGCUUAUUUUAUUUUAAAUUAAGUGGGAAGUAAUUAUGAUGGCAGUGUAGUGAAUCCCUCCAUAUCUUGCUUUGCAGCGGCAAUCUCUCACCAAGGCCACAUUGGCAGUUUGUCGACAUUCCAUUCACUUUUUAAUUCUAAUUGGACCAAAUACACCCCGUAUAAGUUUCAAGUUUCCCUGAAUUCAAGUGGCAGCCCCUGGCACAUUUGAUGUUAUUUCUUAAGCUGUACAGUAUAAUACAUAUUUAUGUCUGUGAAUCUAGCAUAUAAGAAGUAUGUGAGAUGCCUGCAAUGUAUUUAUACUUGAAGAGAGGACAAUACUCAGUACUAGGUCUUAGUACUGGAACCUCUCGGAAAUAUUUGAAAACUUUGUGAUGCAUAGAUGUCAAACUUCUUUGAAAAAGAAUGGCCAUUGGUGUACAAAAUAUAGGAAUACUCUACUUAAACAGUUGCAGCAACGGUAUGGACAAAGUGGGAAAAGUAUAUUCUGGAGUAUUUACUGCAAGGAAUGAGGUUAAAGUGAUACAUUUGCUCAAAUUGAGUAGCUAGUCCUGAAGCUUGCUUCCCUCUACACUUAAUGUUGCUUAGAUACUCCUCAGAGUGCAAAACGGAGAGGCUGUCUCCCUCCCUGUGGGGACUGGCCGUAUCUCCUCAGUACGCCUCUCCUCAAUGGGCAGCCCUUGUGACUCAGAGAGGUAGAAGGAGCUUCUGAAACAUUGAUCCUGAUGUCUCCUGACAUCGCGGGCUGUGCUGACGUAUAGAAUAGGACUUCCUGGUUCCUGUCGUUUCCUGUUUCACAGACUUGUUAAAGAGAGCAGAGUGCAGAGCCAGUGGGCUGAGCCUCACUGAUGUCUAUAUUAAAUAUAUUAAUAUGCUGUAGAGAUGAGCAGCGGGUUUGAGACAGGUGUGGCAUGCCUGUGUGUGGGUAUCCAGGCAACAGGUCUGGUCACUGCGCCUCAGUGAGGCCUGUCCCCCAGAGCACUCAAACACAGGGCCACAUCUUUCUCCGCUCCUGUGGAGGAAACCAUUCACUGGCUGUAUAUACAUACUGUACAUGCAUACAUAAAUGUUUCUUCAAACGUUCAUUACUUUUAGUAAAGGAAAUUGUUUUUUAAACUUAGUUUUUUAUUUUUUAUUGUCUUGCUGUUUAAUAGGAUAUUUGCACUUUUACAGAUGUAUAUUGUCUUAGUUGUGUUACUCAACUAUUCAACUGUUUUUAUUUCUUCAUACAGUAUAUAUAAUUUAGUGUGGCUACAGUAACCAGAUUGAAUAUUUAGUUACACAAUAUAUACUUAAGUAUAUACUGUAUCUUACAUUAUGUUACUGAGGAUUGCAACUAUUGGGGUCUAUGUUUUUUUUUUUUUUUUUAAUCCAAAGUCGUACAAUUAAAUCUCCUGUAAGACUUUAGUUUCUUUUUGCGCGUUGAACUUUUUGGCUGACAAGCUGAAAAAUAACAACAAAUAUGAAUAUGCUACUGUGCGUCAUAGCUCCUUUUCUGUCAUAAUGGGGGAGGAGACACCUUAAUCAUGACAUCUCUGCUUCUUUCCGUUUCCUUCUCGCACCUUUUCAUCUUAUUUUAUGGUCGGAAUUUCACACCCAAGGGAUUGGAAAGUUUUCACGGGCUGUAGACAGGGACCCAUUAACACAUUGCUUUUGAUGAGAAUAUCCCAAUGAUUUCCACAACUAGGAUUUCAGAUAUUAAAUUAUUAGCUUUUACUGUAUAAUACUACGCAAGCAAAAAAUAAAUACCUCCAGGUUUAGUCUGUAUUGUAUGGAAUGCGUAUUCUAGCGUUUAUGAAAUGCUCUCAUGAACCCCCUAAUUCACCAUCCUGUUAAGUGCAUUCGUAUAAACAGCAUGUCAAUUAAUUCAUAAGAACAGCAGACUUCACACAGUGCUGACUGCAGCUUUUCAGGACUGGUGAGUAUGAUAAAACAGCAAUAGCCCAGUGAGUGAUUUAUACUGUGAUUGAUCGUUUCUCUCCAUCUUUUGAGUUUUUUAUUUUAUUUUUAUUUUUUACGUUUCCAUGUCUCUGGAAUGUCAUGAAAUCAAACCCCUCUGUUAUGCCCUCAGUCGAUGACUAAAGUCUGUACCAAAAAGUUAGAAUCAGUGUUGUAUUAAUAAACCCAUUUCUUACCCGUU